AUGGAGAGAGAUAGCAUCCGGUAUGUGCAAAAGUGUCAUCAGUGUCAAGUGCAUGGAUAUUUUAUACGAGUUCCACUGAAUGAACUCAAUGUGAUGGGUUCCCUUUGGCCAUUUGCUACUUGGGGCACGGAUGUUAUUGGACCCAUAGAGCCUUCCGUGUCAAAUGGACAUCGUUUCAUCCUGGUGGCUAUUGACUAUUUCACAAAAUGGGUCGAAGCUUCGACAUACAAGGCAGUGACUAAGAAGGUAGUGGUAGACUUUGUUCCCAAUAACAUAGUUUAUCGGUUUGGAAUUCCAGAAUCAAUCAUAACAGAUAAUGCGACCGACCUCAACAACGAUCUUAUGAAGGAAACUUGUGAAAGGUUCAAGAUUGCUCAUCGAAAUUCCACGGUUUACCGUCCAUAG